AGGCUGGUAUUGACUGGAUUGGGUCGAGAUACGCAGACUGCAUGAAUGGGAAAUAGCGAAAUGAACGAAGGUGGCAUUACACAAUCCGGCGAGACGUUGUGCAUGAAGGAAGUGCACGGUAACCAUACGGUACGAGGAAUUAUUUUGGCGGGCUUAUGUGGACUGUUUUGACAGCGUGUGCUAGCUGUGUAUAACGUGAUUCAAGCUGCUUAUGGUGACUACUGUACGAUAUUUCCCUCCGAAAUCUGGAGAUUUUACUAUACAAAGUAAGGAUACUUUCAACAUUUUCAAGUUUAACAUUCAAUUCUGAAGAGGACUGGAGACUAUUUGUGGGACAAGCAUGGCCACUACCGAAUCGACCACUACGAGAUUUCAGGUGCUAAGUUAUGACCAAGUUAACCGACUGGACCAUGUACUGCGACGGGAGACCAUGACGGUCCACGGCCGGGGAAACUUUCCAACGUUGGACAUGAGCCUGCUUGAUUUGAUCGAUGUGGUACGGGGCAAACUCGAAGAAGCAGGGGUACAUGUCCGCGGUGUCCGGAUGAACGGUGGGGCAGCCAGCCACAUUCUCGGGGCCUCUGAACACCAGUCCUACAACGACGUCGACUUGAUCUUCGGAGUGGACAUGUCACGGACUGAAAACACCCACAUUAUCAAGGAAGCCGUGUUCACCUCGCUGUUGAAUUUCCUUCCAGAGGGGGUGAGUACAGACAAAAUGAGCUCAUGCACCAUGCAGGAGGCCUAUGUGCAAAAAAUGGUCAAAAUCUACAACGAUAAUGACCGUUGGAGCCUUAUUUCGUUGUCUAAUAACACUGGCAAGAAUAUUGAACUCAAAUUUGUAGACAGGAUGAGGCGUCAGUUUGAAUUCAGUGUAGAUUCUUUCCAGAUCAUCCUCGAUUCACUCCUCUUCUUCUACAAACUUUCUGAAAUCCCGAUGAACUCUAACUUCUACCCGACAGUCAUCGGAGAAAGUGUCUUUGGGAACUUCAACGAGGCCCUCUACCACCUCAACAAUAAGUUGAUCGCCACGCGGAACCCUGAAGAAAUCCGAGGAGGCGGUCUGCUCAAAUACUGCAAUCUCCUUGUCCGGAAAUACCUCCCAGCGAGCCACGAGGAAAUAAAAAUCCUGGAAAGAUACAUGUGUUCACGUUUUUUCAUCGACUUCAGCGAGUUGCCGCAACAACAGCAAAAGCUUGAGAGCUAUUUGAAUGAUCACUUUGUCGGGGACGACAUUUGUAGGUACGAGUACUUGAUGAUUCUUCACAGAGUUGUGGAUUCCAGUACGGUGUGUCUGAUGGGACAUGAGCGACGUCAGACCCUGACACUGAUCGCGGACUUUGCUCAGGAGGUUCAGCGAUCACUGGCAUUCCACCACCAGCAACAAAGGCAUCCGCUGAUGUUCAGCAAUGGCGUGCAUCAACGACAACUCAACCAGUACCAGAACAGCAACAACCACCACCACCACCACCAACAUCAUCAUCGGCAGCUGGCAGCGUUGCCACCACCCACAAACAACCACCAUCAUCACCAUCAACAGCAACGUCCAUUCAUUCCUUACAACUACAAGCAGCAGAGUCAGGGUGGUUACUUCCCCACAAGCCCCUUCCACGGUCAGAAAGCAGCUCCCCAUAACAGUCGGUACUCGAACUUCAAUGCAAAUUGGAUGCGUUAUGGUUACUAAGGGCUGGCAGCCAGACCUAGUCUGCUAAGUUGUACCAACCCGCACCCUGCAGCAAUUGAAGGGCCUCGGACAGAUCUGUCGUUAUUGGAAAACCAACUUGCCAAAAACUUUGAGAGUGAUUUGAUUUAAACAGUAAAAAAAAGGGACUUCCAUAAGUACCUUUAACAAACAGUACCUUUGAACCAUCAAUAAUGUACAUAAAACCACAUUAAAGAAGAUUGUUGGUCUCAAAAACAAUCCAGUGGUUGAGUUUUAUGUUAAUGCAUUCCAAAUUAUUGACUUAUUUUUGUGAGUCAUGUAAAUUAAAACAACAAAAAUAACUUGUAAAUUUUGUUAACUUGGUAAAAACAUCAGCCAUCCCAAAUUGGUCAACAACAACAAAACGUGUAAAUAACUUCAAAUGGGACCAUUAUUUUGUAAAACAGUAUUCGUUGAUUAUGGUUUCAUUUGUUUUUCAACCACAGUUGCCCUGUAAACCGCAAAAAUCCAACAUCAAUUUGACUUGAGGACCACAAAAAAAUCUGUUAAAAAUAAUGAACUUUUUCUUUCUGUCAUUUGCCAGGCUUCCAUAGCCUUAUUGCAUUGUGGCUCUCCAUGAUUGCAUUGAGCCAGCUACAAAAUCAAGCAAAGAAAUGUUGGAUUAUGACACAAGUGGUAGCAAGGGAAUUCUGGAAUGUAAAAUGUAAAAUUGUAUUUGAUAUGUUAAGGAGCUGUGCUGGACAUGUACUUUGUGUAAGCAAGGAAGGUAAAAACAGAAGGUGCUCAACGUGUGUGAUGUAUGAAAGGUCAAAGGUCAAAAGAAAGUUUUUAUUUUAUUUGAAGCAGAGAGAAGUGAAGACUGUGCUCAAUUAAGGUUUUUUUUUCGUGAGCUCACACCUUUCUUUCUAGCCUUACUGACAAAAACAACAACAAAAUCAUUGUAUUAUAAAAGUUUUGUUGAUUUACUUUUAGUUUUUGAAAGUAAUCUCAUUCAAGCAAGAUGUAUUGCAUUUCAGAGUCUUAUUUUUACUAUAAAAAGAAAACUUCAAGUUUUAGUUUUUAUGUGUUAUUUUAUUUUUUUGAUUUAUGAUUGGCCACAGGACCAGCAGCUGAACAUUACAAAACGGAGAAGAAAAACAUUGAGUUGGUUUUUAUAUAUAUAGAGUUGGUUUUUGUUGGGUGUUUUCAUAAAAUGUACAGGAAAAUAUGGCGUCACUCGUACUACUUGUACUCAGUAGAAUUUUAACCUAAAUUUUGCCCUACCACUAACCAGGGGAUAGGGAUUGAAAACUGUAGGCCUUAUAAAACUAUGAGAAGCAAUUUUAUGGAACUGAGUACAGCAGAAAACAUUAGUUUAAACCAAAUUCCUGCUAAGAUGACAUAGGCAAAUUAUGUUUGCUUGUGUAGGGGCUAUUAUGUUCACUUUUAAAAAGCAGUUUAAUUUGAAUUACUCAACCCUCCUGAAAAAAAUGAAAAAAUAUAUAGCUUUUCAGUUUUGUAAAACACUUCAAAGUAGAAGAAUUAUGGAGUAACCGUACAACAUUUAAAAAAAAAUUCAAAAAAUUACAGAACUUUUAAAAUUCCUGAUCACAGUGACAACAAUUCAACAGUUAUUUUGCCUGAGGCUAGUUACUAUGUAUACAAGUUUAAUUUAAUCCAAUACCCAAAGUCUAUUAUCUUCACCUGAUUGUUGCUGGGUGGUUAUUUUUACAUUCUAUAUUCCUUGUUCCUUUUUGGGAAAAAAAAUAAAUUCAAAUAAAUACAAUAAAUCAACCAACCAAAACUUUGCGGAUAUACAAGAAAUUUAUUUUGUUGAUUUGUUUGUCACAUUUUAAUUACUGCUUGUCUAUUCUGUUCAAGUGACAUGAAGCAAUAGAUAAUGGUUUAGAAUGAUGGAUCUCAUCUCUUACAACCACAUCAAAAGCUGUGAAAGGAGCCAUAGUUCUUUAUUGUCUGCAGAAAACAGGUUUUUUGUUCUUCUUUUUUAUUAUAUACUAUUGUCCUUUUAAAAGUACUGGUGUCUGUCGCAAGUGGUGCCCAAGGCACUCAUGAGUUUAAAGAAUCAUUUUUUUCUUAUUUUUUUCUCAGGAACAUUUGAAAGAGUUUCCAUGGUAUGACUAGAGUCUUGUCAACAAGCAAUUAAUGACGCUUUAAGUCUAGUUCAUAAAUGCUAAGCGAAGAUUUAUGUCACACAUUCGCAGCGAAUAAUUCACAACAGUUAAGCUGUGCUCAACUCCUGCGAAACAUUCAUAUAGCAAAAAUAGGGAUGUGACCUAAAAAUUCGCUUCACAUUCGCAGGAAGUUUGAACCGGGCUUAUUAAUCCUGUUAUUGAAGUCAAUGGAAAGACUUGACUAUAAACUGAAAGCUCAAUUAACUUUUUCAGAUAAGACAUCAAGGCCUACUGUAUUUGAUGAGUAAUAAGAAGUUUGUAUCUGUCCCUUUACAUGCAGAGUAAGGAAUAGACAUACAUACGGGGGUACUGGUUACAACAAACUAACUGUUGAGAUAAGGCAGAUUUGAUUGAGAUUUUGAGAGUUUAAAGGCAGUGGACACUGUGGUAAUGACUCAAAAUAAUGUUUAGCAUAAAACCUUACUUGGUAACAAGCA